AUGGGUCGGCUUAAUCCUUUGGAGCUAAAAAAUGACCCACGGUGGGCAGAUAUACCAGUUGUUGGAGCUUGUGUGGUAAGGUCAAUACACAACAGCACAUCAAUGCCACAUUCGUCAUCUUCAAAUAAUACCAAGCACAGAAUACGAAAAAAAUACGCAGAUUUCCAGGAAAUUGACUGGAAUUACGAGUAUGGACUUAUUCGGACAUCCGAUGCUGCUGUUCCAGUUGCUGGUCAAGGGUCCAGAGGAUACAUGAAGAUCCUGGAUUCUAGAUGGGUUAUACUCUCAGUAUCGAGUUUCUUGAUGGGAAUGCUAGCAGUUGCAAUAGAUUACUUGUCAACUUGGUUCCAUGACUUGAGAGUCGGGGUCUGCUAUGGGUCCUUUAUCAAGCUGGAGUCACAAUGUGAUGUCAAGGGCAGUGGAUGGAGCUCGUGGUCGCAUGUGAUCUUCUAUUUCAUGAGGCCCGAAAACAUGAUCCAUAAGUUCAACGAUUGGAUUGUUUAUGUAAUUACAGCGGUUCUUCUUGCAUUCUUUGCAGUGGUACUAACUCGAAACAUGCCAUAUGCCAUGAACAGUGGAAUCGCGGAUAUCAAGUUCAUCCUAUCCGGGUUCGUCGUGAAUGGUUUCUUGAGCCCCAGAGUUUGGAUAUCCAAGAUUGUUGGUCUGGUGAUGGUUGUUGCUGCAGGAGUUUGGGUGGGCAAAGAGGGACCUCUGGUGCAUAUAUCAUGCGGUGUCACAGACUAUAUUAUGUCAUUUUCGCCCAAGUUCUACAACAACGAAGCAUUGAAGAGAGAGAUCUUGAGUGCUUCCACAGCUGCGGGGAUUGCAGUCGCAUUUAACGCUCCCAUUGGAGGUGUUUUGUUCACGUUGGAGCAGAUAUCGAGCUUCUUCCCUAUCGAUAAGCUGAUGUGGAAUUCUUUUGUGUGCGCUACAAUCAGUGUUACUGUGCUUCAAAGCUUGCAUCCCUUCCAGGAGGUGAUGAGCCAGCAAGCCUUCUUCGUGAGCGACGACGAAACCUGGCUAUUGUUUGAGGCAUUGCCUUUCAUAAUCUUGGGACUGAUAGGAGGUUUUGCAGGUGUCAUGUUCAACAAGCUGAACAUCAAGCUUGCCAAAUUGAAACAGACAUAUAUCGCCGGGAGAAAAAACAGACAGCUCAUUGAGGUAUUGUUAUUGGCCCUCGUGACUGCUGUUGUAUCCUAUCCUAUCCUGAUUGCCACAAUGCCAUUACCUCAGAUGCUCGCAGUUCUUUUCAAAGACUGCAAUACGGAGGCUGCUGCCACUACAGUGGUCUGUAAGAUAGAGACGAGAAUCUCGGAGGACGGAGUUUUCCCAGUUGGGUUGUUUGGAAUGCUACUUUUAACGGCAAUCCAGGGGUUUGUGUUGUCGUCCUAUUCAUAUGGAACGACCAUCCCAGGUGGAGUUUUGAUGCCUUCUCUGGCAAUAGGCGCUCUGAUCGGAAGACUGGUCGGAUCUGUUAUCCACUAUAUGCAAGUGGCAUAUCCUGACCUAUCAAUAUUCGUUAACUGUAACGGUAAGGGCCAGUGUAUAUCGCCUGGCUCAUAUGCUGUCGUGGGGGCCGGUGCUUUUGUUGCCGGUGUGACUAAGAUGACGGUUGCUGUUGUAGUGAUCCUGUUCGAACUUACCGGAGCACUGGCUUAUGUCUUGCCUAUCAUGAUUGGUGUGCUUAUAUCCAGAUUUGUCAAUGACAUGUUCCUUGAUAUGUCAUGCUACGAGUUAUGGCUGGCCUUCCAGAAGAGACCGUAUUUGAGAUCCUCAUUGGAAGAACUUGGCAAGCCUUCUAUGUCAAUGGUGGAAUGCAAAAGUAUUCUGAAACCAAUACAUGAGCUGGAUUUGCUUUACUUGGACCAAGACUUGACUUUCAGAGACCUGGUCAAUUUGACUGAAAGCAGGGAGCCUUCGACCACAGUUUUUCCGGUGGUGGAGGGAAAGUCAAGGCCGAUUUUGGUCGGCUAUCUCACUGCCUAUGAGCUGGAGCGGGAACUGAGCAAGAUCAAGGAGAUCCAGGGUUUGUCGUUGGAUACCUCGGUGGCAUUGGAAGAAACCACGGAUGGUUACUCCAUCAACUCCAUCGUGAAUACAGAUCCAAUCUGUAUGUCGCCUGAUCUUCCUGUUUUGACGCUGUACGAGAUGCUGAGCAAAUUACAACUACCGAUGGUGUUCUUCUGUUACCCCGGACAGGGCAAGCUUUUGAAGGGAACACUGACGAAAGGUGAUCUGAUUGAGAUUCUGGAUGGUGAUGAUCUUGAAAGAAUUUAG